AUGCCUCCUGAAACCAGGUCAGCGAAACAACGCCAAAGUCCCGAGGAGACUCCUGAUAUUGCCCCUCCUCGCACACUUACCUCCGAAGAGGCCGAGAAGGACUACCAGAUACAGCUUGCUCUGCUUCGUGAACAGACUCAAGCCUAUCAUGACGAACAAAGACAGUCGCGGAACUCCACCGCCAAGGAGACUCCCGAUAGUAUCCCUCCUUACACAUUUGCCAGCGAAGAGGCCGAGCAGGACUACCAAAUACAGCUUGCUCUGCUUCGCGAACAGACUCAAGCCUAUCAUGACAAACAAAAACAGUCGCGGAACUCAACCGCCAAGGAUAAAACCCGCCCUGCGCCUAGCUGA